GCGUUCUCUCAGUCAGUGUCUUGAUGAGCUCGUAAUCAGAUGUUGUGCUGUGUCCCGAAGAGACUCGCGGACGGGGGCCCGUUCUACGACGAGACCCUGUUCCACGACGGGAUCUUGUUUCAUGACGAGACCGGUAACAAUCCACCAUCGUCCAUUCGCGAGAUUCAAAUUGAGCUGUUUCCCAAAGAUGCGCUGUCGCCGAUCUUGUUCCCGUGCGCGAUUUGCGCGCGGACCUUCACGCUGCAGUCUUUGGAGAAGCACGCGAGGAUAUGUGAGCGUGCCGCCGCCAAAAAGCGCAAGCCCUUCGACUCGGCUAAGCAGAGGAUCCAAGGUACUGAGUUGGCUGAAUUCCAGCCUAAACAGGAGAUCCGGCGACAUCAGCAGGACGAGAGAUCGAGGUCCACUUGGAAAAAGACCCACGACGAUUUCCUGCGGACGAUUCGUGAGGCACGCGGCGAUGUUAUGGAUUCGCGCAAACAAUGCAAUUCGCUAAUCUCGUCAGGUGCACCAACACGCGCCAACGAGAAAGGCACAUGCCCCACGUGUAACCGGCAGUUCGGUAUCAAAGCCUAUGAUCGUCAUGUGGCAUGGUGCAAAGACAGAGUUACCCGAAUGCCGAUGAGUCCGGCGACCAAUCUGGCAAAGGAACGAUUAGAGGCACGUAUGAGAUACAGGGCACCGACUUUGAAAAACCGGCGAGCUAUCAAUCGUGAAAAGUACAGCCCGGGCUCGGCAGCGAACCAGGCUGCCAAGGCCUCAUUGUCAUCACCGGCGCUCGUUAAACCGAAAGAGACUAUUUCGAGUAUCAGUUGCAAUCGAGAGAGUCCUGUCAAGCAGAAACCUGCUAUUAUGAGACGUCCUGGACAACUCAAGGACUCCCCUCCCUCAUCCGGACCUAUAAAGUCACGCCUUGUCGAUCGUAUGAAUAGGCCACCAGAAGAUCAUGACUGUCUACUAACAUCAACAUCCUGCCGAUCUCUCCAUCCUGCGAUAUCUUCCCGUCGUUCUCUCUAUUUACCUGUACCUCCUACGAGACCCAAGACUAACGAUUUGGUUUCCUCUAACAAAAUCGCAUCGCCAAUUACUUCAUCCAGAAAACAGUUUAACCAAAACGAAAUGAUUUUCCAACGCAUUCAAAAUGAUGAUACGAGAAAUCGAGAAAUCUGUUCCGCCAGAAUGCAAAACAUCGUUUCCGCUAGAAGUCAAGGUCAUCCGAGAAUCAACGAUAUUGCUGUGAACAAUAAGACUCUAGGAAUCACUGUGCAACCUUGUAGGAUACAUAUGAACAUGCAAAAAGACGAUCAAUUAGUGACGUGGAAGCAGAUUAGUCGUAAGAAAGAUAAUUUUCAGGCUGACGAUCCAGUUAUUAAUCAUAAUUUCUCGCGAGAGUUCCAAUUGCUCGAUCUCGAUCGACUAUGUAAUCGAGAGGAAGGAAAUGAAAAUAGAAAUAAGACAGAGGGAGAUUUAUCAAUUAUAGAAGAUAAUUUUAUUCGAAUCGACAAAGACAGCAAGGUUGAUAAAGUGAAGAACAAUGAUAAUAUUACAUGGCUCAGCGGUAUCCAGAAUCUGAAUCAGACAUAUUUGAUAAAAAACUCGGAAGAUAUUGAGCCAUCGGAGAUUUUUCAUAGCAAGUGGAAACCGAUUAAACACAGUCCUCGCGUGGAAUUUUAUUUAAAAGAUAAGGAAGAUGAAAUCUGCGAAUUUGAUAAAAAAAAAUCGAAAAGGGAAACCGUAGCGAACAACUUGAAAGAUAAGGAAGACGAAGUCUGCAAAUUUGAUCAAAAGAAAUUGAAAAGGGAAACUAUAGCGAAUGACUUGAAAGAUAGGGAAGACGAAAUUUACGAAUUCGAUCAAAGGAAAUCGGAAAGGGAAAUCGUAGCAGAUAAUUUGAAAGAUAGGGAAGAUGAAAUCUGCAAAUUCGAUCAAAAGAAAUCGAAAAGAAAAAUUGUAACAAACGACGAAAAAAUUAGGAUUGAACAAGUGAAAGAGUUAAAAAUGUGCAUUAAAGAUAAAGAAAAUGAUAAUAUUCCAGUAGAGUGUAAAGUAGAGAAAUUGAAAACAAAUAAUAAAAGUAUAAAAAAUAUUCAGAAAAUCAAUAGUGAAAAAAUUGAAGUGGUAGCACAUACAACGGAGGAACUUAAUAUAAAUACUAUAGAGAAAAAUAGGCGAGUAGCAAGCUAUGAAGAGACUAAAAUUACAGAAAAUGAUAUUGAGAAAAUAGAAAUAAAUACCAGUAUAAAAGAAGGUACAAAAGAAAUUGAAAAAAUAAAUAUUGCAGAUAUUACAGAAUUGGAUAAACUAAAUGUUUAUAAAGAAGAUAAAAAAGGUCGACAAAUAACGAUGAAUGAAAUAAUUAUUGAAAAUACAAAAUAUACUAAAGAAAUUGAGCAAAAUUUAUCGGAAUCUGAUCAAUUAAUUAAAUCUUCUUUAUUUAAUGUAACACAUUCAACUGCAUCAAACGUAUCGAAGAAAAAGAAUUUUAUUGAUCAGAGUCAAGAUUGUCUGAACUCUAAGGACGAAGUACCACAUUGCGAAAGUGAUACACGUUACAAUAAUUCACUUGAAUUAAAAGAAAGUAUAGCAACUUUUAUAUGUGAUCAACCUAACAUUAAUGAGAUAACAUCUUUAAACAAUAGCAAUAAUCAAGCUGACUGUAAUUCGAGUCCCGAAAACGAAACAUUAGCAUGUCAAAGUCGCAAUUCAUUGGAUCUAAUAGAAAAUAUCAAAAAGAUAUCAUUUCCUGCAUCCUCUCCGAUUGUUACCCCCAAAAAAAAUUGUACAAGAAAUGUUGAAGAAAUUAAAAUAGAUGAAGAAAGAUAUGAAAAUGGUUUAACCAAUAUCUGUAAUAAAAAGCCUAAGAGAAAUUCAAAGAAAUUAAAGUGUGAAGUAUAUUCUCUUCCACAAAAUUCGGAAAUUGCUGAUGGUAAUUACUUAAAUGCAUCUAUGAAUAAGAUAUCUUUGCAUGUCAAAAACAAUAGACAAUUUCAAGAAAAAAAUUUCAGUUCUGAUAACAUUGGAAAUAUCGAGAAUAACACGAAAAAUGGAAAGACAGAUUUCAACACAGAUUCAGAUAACAGCUGUUCGAACAAUAAAUCAAGCCUUCUCGACCGUUCAAUCAUUAAAGCGGAAAUUACGACAGCUGAAGGUUUGCGCAAGAAAAAUGUAGACAGCGAAUUCGAUUACGGUAGCGAUAACACCGUGCUUGUCGAGGAAUACAAUAGACGAAGCACUGAUGGUUUAGGGUCAUCAGUUACGUUGACGGACUACGCGGAGGAGCAAUCACAGUGUCGUGGUAGCGAAAUUUUCUUGAACGCGGGCAUGAAUUUUCCAAAAUGCGCUUACGGCGCGGCUAAAAGAGCUGCGCGAGAGCAAUCAGUCAAUUCCAUCGAAAUGAAGCACAGAAUCAAGGAAAGCAUGAAUCUUCUUCGUGGCAGUACUGAUUCCCUGAUAUCCUCUGUCGAAUUCGUGGAACUCGCGAGCAUCAGACGACCCAAAGCGAAUUGUGCUUACGAACAAGAGAUCAUUGAGAUAAUCAGACCAAACAAGCGGUACAAAGUAUUUAAGGAUUUACCUGAUAUAAAGGGUGACGCGGCGGAGAUGAAGGAAGAUUCUGAGGGAUCGUAUUGGGAGAGGACCUCUAAGAUCUCGCAAAACAGAUUAACUAAUCUCUAUCCUACGUGUCAUAUGGAAUACAAGCUUACUAAAAGAAAUCCUAGAGUCCGUAUUCUCCCACCUGUUCUGAAUCCAUUCUCAAUCAAUCAAAGGAAAGUUGAAUUGGAGACACGUCCCGCCUGGUGCAAUUAUGUACGCAGAAGACCAGACUUUAAUCUCGUGCUUAAGGCUAGAACCGGCACUUGCAAGGACUACGAUCCCUUUCUGCUGGCCGAACAGCAGAUGAACGACCUACUGUCGGAUACGAGUGAUCAAUCUAUAACGGGGAGUCCCAAAGUUCAGCAAACUCGUGAUACCCUUUAUCCUCUCUCGCACUCCUCCGCCUUUGUAAAAUAUCCUCCUACCGACAAGAGGUCGUCUCUUAUAAUGCCACCUACUGAAUUCGAUGACCUUUUAUCCAAUUUCUCAAGUGAUUCCACCGAAACCAAUUCUAUUUCGCGCGAGGUCUUCCUGAAGCCUAAUCUCGCGGGCAAAGAUGCGACAGAUUCCGCGGCCUCAAAACCUGUUAGGGAAUUGGGCAGACGAGUUAUUAUCGAUAAAUCGAAGGCACUGGGCGUCGACGAGCGUCGCGGCGUUGUCAGCGCGGAUAGAUCGCGUAAAAUCUUUGACAAAGACACGCUGAGGAAUACAGGAUCAUUAAUCAACCGAUCCAACUCGAUCCGGGCCUCGUCCGCGCCCAGAAUCAACUCGGGCCUCGAGAGAAAGGCCUCAGGUGGUAUAAGAAAGGGUUCCAGGAACGUUGAGAGUCAGAAAUCGUCUGAUCAGAGUCUCAAUCAAAGAAACAAUAAUUACUCGUCCCUGUCCGGCAGUAACCUUAGUCUCAAUUCAAUCAUCUCCUCCUCGGAGUUGGACGUCAAGCGAUCGAACUCGAUGUUCGACGAGCUGAUGACAUCCUUCGAGGAGGACGCGUUUCCUGGACUAAGAUCCUUCCUCAAUAAUGAAUCCUUCGACCUGUCCAGCCCCGGCGGCGAUAGACAACGAAAUGGCAGUUUGAUCAGCGACGAAGAACUAUCCUCUCCCGACAGCUACAAGCCGCAAGAUCACAGCAAGCUCAGCAAUGACUCCGCCUACAACAGUUUAAAUCGCAAAUAUUCGCACCAUGGACGCAGCGCCAACGACGUGAUCGAUCGUCUCGACGAGGACGUGCCCAGGAACGGAACAUCACCGACUCAAACGAUGACCAAGUGCAAGAUGUCCAAGUUCUGUCACGAGUGUGGUCAGCGAUUUCCAGAAACCGCCAAGUUUUGCUGCGAGUGCGGCGUCAAAAGGCUCGCGUUGUGAAACGUAACAUUGUUCUCCGAGAGUCGUUGCUAUCACAUCGUAUUUUGAUAUUCUAAAAAACGAACUGAAGAAAAAAUAUUACCAGAAAGAUGUUCUCUGGA